UGGCUGUACGAGUCCUACUCGCGCCUGAGCCAGCAGCACCCACUGCUCGUCUUCCUGCUGCUCAUCGUCAUGGGCGCCUGCCUCGCCCUGCUCGCCGUCUUCUUCGGGCUCGGGCUGGAGGUGGAAGACCAUGUGGCGUUCUUGAUCACGGUGCCCACGGCCCUGGCGAUUUUCUUUGCCAUCUUCAUCCUGGUCUGCAUUGAGUCCAUGUUUAAGAAGCUGCUGCGUCUCUUCUCGCUGGUCGUGUGGAUGUGCCUGGUGGCCAUGGGCUACCUGUUCAUGUGCUUCGGCGGGACUGUCUCUCCCUGGGACCAGGUGUCUUUCUUCCUCUUCAUCGUCUUCGUUGUCUACACCAUGCUGCCCUUCAACAUGCGUGACGCCAUCAUUGCCAGCGCUCUCACCUCUGCCUCCCACACGGUCGUGCUCAGCGCCUGCCUGGCUACCAAGCCCGAGGCCCAGGAACACCUGGUCUGGCAGAUCCUGGCUAAUGUGAUCAUCUUCAUCUGCGGAAACCUGGCGGGCGCCUACCACAAGCACUUGAUGGAGCUGGCUUUGCAGCAGACCUACCAGGACACCUGCAACUGCAUCAAGUCCCGCAUCAAGCUGGAGUUCGAGAAGCACCAGCAGGAGCGGCUUCUCCUGUCCUUGCUGCCUGCCCACAUCGCGAUGGAGAUGAAGGCCGAGAUCAUCCAGAGGCUGCAGGGCCCCAAGGCCGGCCAGGUGGAGAACACCAACAACUUCCACAACCUGUACGUCAAGAGGCACACCAACGUCAGGUACUCGGACACUCGGACGUGCCUGGGUCCUGGGUCCCCCUCGUGGCCUGCUGGCCAGCAGCAGGAGGUCAUAGGGGGCUCUGGUGACAUGGGCACGUCCAGGGCCCUGGGUGGACACGUGUUCUUCCCGCAGGAGAACGAGUGCAUGCGGAUUAAGAUCCUGGGGGACUGCUACUACUGCGUGUCCGGCCUGCCCAUCUCCCUGCCCAACCAUGCCAAGAACUGUGUGAAGAUGGGGCUGGACAUGUGUGAAGCCAUCAAGAAAGUGAGGGACGCCACAGGCGUGGACAUCAACAUGCGUGUGGGCGUGCACUCGGGGAACGUGCUGUGUGGCGUCAUCGGCCUGCAGAAGUGGCAGUAUGAUGUCUGGUCCCACGACGUCACACUGGCCAACCACAUGGAGGCUGGGGGCAUCCCUGGGCGGGUCCACAUUUCUGCGGUCACCUUGGAGCACCUGAAUGGGGCCUACAAAGUGGAGGAGGGGGACGGUGACAUCCGUGACCCCUACUUGAAGCAGCACCUGGUGAAAACCUACUUUGUCAUCAACCCCAAGGGAGACCGGCGGAGCCCCCAGCACCUCUUCCGGCCUCGCCACACCCUGGACGGAGCCAAGAUGAGGGCGUCCGUGCGUAUGACCCGCUACCUGGAGUCCUGGGGGGCAGCCAAGCCUUUUGCUCAUCUGCACCACCGGGACAGCAUGACCACUGAGAACGGCAGGAUCAGCACCACGGAUGUGCCCAUGGGUCAACAUAAUUUUCAGAAUCGCACAUUAAGAACUAAAUCACAAAAGAAGCGAUUUGAAGAAGAAUUGAAUGAAAGGAUGAUUCAAGCCAUUGAUGGAAUUAAUGCUCAAAAGCAAUGGCUCAAGUCUGAUGACAUUCAGAGGAUCACACUGUUUUUCUAUAACAAGAUACUCGAAAAAGAAUACCGAGCCACAGCCCUGCCAGCCUUCAAGUACUACGUGACCUGUGCCUGCCUCAUCUUCUUCUGCAUCUUCCUCGUGCAGAUCCUCGUACUGCCAAAAACCACCUUCCUGGGAGUCUCCUUUGGCCUUGCCUUCCUCUCGCUCACCGUCAUCCUGUUCGUCUGCUUCGCCAGGCAGCUCUUGCAAUGCAGCAAGAAAGCGUCCACCGCCCUGCUGUGGCUCCUGAAGUCGUCCGGCCUCAUCACCAACCGGCCCUGGCCAAGAAUCUCCCUCACCGUGGUCACCACAGCCAUCAUCCUGACCAUGGCCGUGUGCAACAUGCUCUUCCUGAGUGCCCCAGAAGAGGCUGUCCCGCCAACCGCCAACACGUCCAAUGCAAGCCUCCCCCUGUCGCCCGACCAGGUGGCCAUGCUCCGUGCUCAGAAUUUGUUUUUCCUGCCAUACUUUAUCUACAGCUGCAUCCUGGGCCUACUCUCCUGCUCAGCCUUCCUGCGAGUCAACUACGAGCUGAAGAUGCUGAUCAUGACGGUGGCCUUGGUUGGCUACAAUAUCAUCCUGCUGCACACCCACGCCCGCUUGCUGGACAGCUAUAGCCAGGUCCUGUUCCACAAACCAGGCAUUUGGAAAGACUUAAAGACCAUGGGUGCGGUGUCUCUCUCUAUAUUCUUCAUCACUCUGCUUGUUCUGGGUCGGCAGAAUGAAUAUUACUGUAGGUUAGACUACCUGUGGAAGAACAAGUUCAAGAAAGAGCGGGAGGAGAUCGAGACCAUGGAGAACCUGAACCGCGUGCUGCUGGAGAAUGUGCUGCCCGCGCACGUGGCGGAGCACUUCCUGGCCAGGAGCCUAAAGAAUGAGGAGCUGUACCAUCAGUCCUACGACUGCGUCUGCGUCAUGUUUGCAUCGAUCCCAGAUUUCAAGGAGUUCUACACGGAGUCGGACGUGAACAAGGAGGGUUUGGAGUGCCUCCGGCUCCUGAAUGAGAUCAUUGCUGACUUUGAUGAUCUGUUGUCUAAGCCGAAGUUCAGCGGCGUGGAGAAGAUCAAGACCAUCGGCAGCACUUACAUGGCAGCGACGGGUCUGAACGCAGUGUCCAGCCAGGAUACUGCCCAGGAGCCUGAGCGGCAGUACCUGCACAUCGGCACCAUGGUGGAGUUCGCCUUCGCGCUGGUGGCCAAACUGGAGGCCAUCAACAAGCACUCUUUCAAUGACUUCAAGCUGCGAGUUGGUAUCAACCACGGCCCGGUCAUCGCUGGCGUGAUUGGUGCACAGAAGCCUCAGUAUGACAUUUGGGGCAACACCGUCAACGUGGCCAGCCGUAUGGACAGCACUGGGGUCCUGGACAAGAUACAGGUGACCGAGGAGACCAGCCUGGCCCUGCAGACCCUGGGCUACACCUGCUCCUGCCGCGGGGUCAUCAAUGUCAAGGGCAAGGGGGAUCUGAAGACAUACUUUGUGGCCACAGACAUGUCCCGGUCACUCUCCCAGAGCUACAUGGCCUCCUGAAGGGCCUGGCCACCUGGCCGCACGACACUGCCCGGGGCGGUGCCCACGCUUUCCAACUGCGACCCUGCCCUCACCCCAGUCCAUGCUCUAUGACCUGCAGGCCGCAGACUGCCCCCAGGCUGGCUGUCUGCUCUGUGCUUCCCUGCCAGCGAGCAGGUGGGUGAGCGGAAGGGGUGGCUCGCCACCUGCUGCCCAGGAUGGACGCCGCCGGAAGAGGUGAAACCAACUCAAAUUCUUAAGGCAAUAAAACUAGGGGGUGUACAUUCUCUUCUGGUGCAUGGUUAUUUCCCGGAACCCACGGUAGCUCGCCAACUGCAUCCGCUAGUGCGAUACUCAACAUGAUGUUUGUGCGCCGGCCACGGGGGCGGCCUGCAUCCCUCCUGUGUCCCGUCAGCCUUACCCACCCCCCGCCCCCCUUUGUCUCAUGCCAGCAGCACGUCACCACCCUCAGUUUCACCACAGGGUACCGUCCUGUCCCAGGUGCCUCUGCUGUUUUGAUGCCAUUGUCUUUUGUAAGGUAAACCCAUUAAACGUUUUCUGUACUUUG